AACAGCUAUGUAUUUAAAAAAUGUAAAAUUACCCUGUAAUAUGCAUUCUGUCCAAGUUGCAUAUAAAAAAGAGCAGAAAUUUUGCAAAAAUGGCAAAAUAAGGAAGAAGGAAAAGAUUAAUUUGAAGAACAAAACCAGAGCGGUAGUCUUGUGGUUUUGCCCAUAAUGCUCAAGAAGUUAAAUCGGUCUCACCAUGAUGCUGCUAACACUUUUCAUGACUCCAGCGAUGUAUUGCAGAGCGCUUCUCUUUCUUCUAGCCUUGUGCUUCUACAGCGUGUCUUCAAAUGAUGCAGGAACCUGUAAAGAGUCUUCUAAUGGAAAAUCUUGUGCAACGACAAAACUCAACUCUCAGAUUGGAUCCUCUGCAUUUCUGCCUUGCAACUUUAAAAUAACAACGUUGAGUAAAGUCAGAUGGAUCUACAAUGGAGAAAGGGACCUGGUGUUACUUUCUUCCAAUGGACAAAUCAAGUUUUGGGACCCCAGAAAUGGCAGAUUGAGAGUCUAUCCCAUCCAGACCUCACUUGGUAACUUCUCUAUUAGCAUCAGUGAGCUGGAAAACACUGAUCUGGGGUGUUACAGCUGCAUGCUGGAGUCUGAAUGUCAUCAAGUAGAGCUGAUGAGCGAAAAAAGUACAACACUGGACCUGAAUCUACUUGUGUACAUCUGCAUCGGUGUGGCUAUCGUCUUUCUGCUGACUUUCAUUGGCUCCUGCAUCUACUUCAUGUGCGCCUGGAAGAAAAAGAGUGGAAAAAUACCAAUCAGUUCUACUACUGGUGUGGCUGAAGGUGUGGAGAGUAGCAGUGGUGUUUAUGAAAAUGACGACCAAGCUCCAGUCGGUGCUGAUUCAGCGAAAGACAGCAGCACUUCUGCAGGAGAGCUACAGCAUCCAAGUGGAGCUGAAGUUCCCGAAAGUUCUUCCCAUAUCUAUCCAAACCUUGAAGAAUUUAGGUUUCAGAGAGCUGAAAGUCAGAAGACAAAACACAUAUUUCACAUAGAACUCUUCACCAAAUUGCGCCAAGCGAGUCUCCGUCGCCACGUUUAUGCCAACCAGUAUGAGAUCAGCAAGCAGCAAGCCAUGGCUACCCAUGUGGAGACCCAGCAAGAUGGAGAAUACAGAAAUCCCAUCUACAACAGAAGCACAGAGCAGCUCAGCCGAGUGUAGAGCACCAAGGGACAGAGCUGACCUGUCAUCUGAUGGAAACAACUGGCUGUGACUGUUGUUGUUUUGUAAGCAGAUUUCACUGUUUUCCCUGGAUAAAGCAUGAAAUUCUAUGGCUUCUGUUUGAAACAACUUUUUUGUUAUUUUGUCUUUUGCUCCAAGAAUAAAAGUUUGUGCUGUGCAAACU